GUUGGAACCCUAACCGGGUCAGCCUUCACCCAGAAGCUCUGUCAGGCCGCCCUCACGCUUCGCCCCCACCCAGCAAGACCUCCGACCGACACCGACUCAAGCCGAAGGGAAUCCUCUGAACCAUCAAGAUGGGUGUCGAUAUCGUCAAGCAUCACGUCAGGAAGGGACACCGAACUGCCCCCAAAUCUGAGGACCCUUACCUCCUUCUCUUGGUCAAGCUCUACCGCUUCUUGGCCCGAAGAACUGAGAGCAGCUUCAACAAAGUUGUGCUACGUCGACUCUACAUGAGCAAGAUCAACCGUCCCCCAAUGUCGGUCUCGCGUAUCGCCCGUACUGUCAAAGACACCCCCGGAAAAACCGUUGUUGUGGUCUCGACUGUGACCGAUGAUGUUAGAUUGGUUGAAGUCCCCAAACUAUCGAUCGCCGCUCUCCGUUUCACUGCUACUGCGCGAGCUCGCAUCUUGGCUGCUGGUGGUGAAUGCCUCACCUUGGACCAACUCGCUUUGAGAUGUCCAACCGGUUCCAACACUGUCUUGCUCCGAGGCAAACGAAACUCGCGAGAAGCCGUUCGCCAUUUCGGUCACGGUCCUCACAAGCACAAGCGUCCCUACGUCUUGUCCAAGGGCCGCAAAUUCGAAAAGGCCCGAGGUCGCAGAAAAUCCAGAGGCUUCAAAGUCUAGAUAUUCUACAUGUCAUUUACGUCUUGUGGAUCGAUAUGGCGCCCUGGUCUCUUUGGAUUACAAGUGUUGAUCAUCAUCGCAUUGCUCAUGCCUUAACGUAUUGUGCCUGCACCCUAACAACCCCCAUCCCACUUAUGCCCCCAGAAAUCCAAUCCGUUUGCUACUGCAGAUCUAUGCCUCACUCAAAUCAGCUCAGGGCCUCUUGUGAGAUUCAGAAUGACUGUUGGUCAAUCCAGUCGUUUGAGCAAAUGGGAUUCACACCGCGGCUUGAGUGGUCGCAG